AUUGCUGCAGUAAAAUUUCCCAGCUGUACAGAUGGGCAAAUAAUUGUAAGCAGUACAGCUGUAAGUCCCUUUGACAAAAAAGUGCCGGCUAAAGAUGUCAACACCUUCUCGUACAUGACUCCUCUGGCCUCCAUCGUGUCAGACCAUUAACGCUGUCGCUGACACUUGUUAUUGACGUUGCAAUAAGCGUGAAUACAUCUUUCAAUUUCCCAAAACCUCUGCAGGUUGCUGCAACCGAUAAGAGAGGCAGAAAAGUUUUGCGGUCAUUAUCGCGGGUUAUCGGCAUGCCGCAGGGAAAGUAUGCUUUUAUCUCCUCUGAUCCCUGGAAAAACAAUAAAGCACAGGUGAAAUGUGACACAAUAAUGUAUGCUGGGGGAGUGUUUUUACGGGAGCAGGCAGUGGCAGCUUGUUUUAUGACUCACCGUGAAAGUGAAAGUGUCGCACGUAGGUAUAUAUACCUGUGCUGCCGACCUGGGUCUGGCAGGUGUGAAGACCUGCAAAGAAGGCAAGAGAGCAGAGCAGAGCAGAGCAGAGCAAAGCAGAGCAGAGCAGAGGAACAGCGGAACAGCAUGGCACUCAAAAUUGCAUCUCUCCUCCUGUUGGCUUUGGUCCUGUGCAGCUACGCUUCAGCCUUUACAGAAGAAGCCGUGGACUGCUGCCUGACAACCAGCAACAAGCAAAUCCCCCGCAAAGUCGUGAAGGCCUACCGCGAGCAGACGACAAACGGCGGUUGCGCAAUAGCGGCCACUCAAUUCAUCACUGUGAAGGACAAGACGCUGUGCGCGCCUCCUCCGGGCCGUAAUGACUGGGUUGCCAAACUCAUCAGACGACUGAAGACGAAGGGACAAGAGUAAAGAAGGCCGAGGAGGCAAUAAAAAAAACACUAAACUCAUUAAAGUGCAUCGAGGAGCUGGAAAUGGAGAAGAUGUGGAAUCGGUCUGAUAUGGAUCAUCCAGCUGCAGACACUGCUGUUGUUAAUGUCCCACUUUUCUGUCCAAUAACUUAAAAUCGACGUUAUGCUUAUUCUGGACCGUAAAAAAAAUCCCCGUUUUGGUUGCUCUCAUUUCCCUUUUGUUUGCAUUAAAUUAGACAGUGAUCACUUCACCUUUUUGUACAGGAUUUUGAACAU